AUGACCCCGGUCAGUGAAAAUGCCACCGAGCCGCUUACCAUGGACGACAUGAACACGGUCCGCAUCUCUCCGAAUGGCCCGCUGAAGAACUACGUCACGGCCAUCAGCACCCUGUUGCUUGAGAUCCAACUGCCAGUGGUUUUCGUCACAGCGCACAGCUCGGUCCUGCCGCGUCUGGUGUCGGUCAUCGAGCUGGCCAAGCGUGCCAUCCAAGAGAAGCUUGGCCCUCGCGGAGGGGCCGAGCAGCUCUUUUGUCACAUCCAGCUAAGCGAGGAGCGCCAAUUGGAUACCUGGUCCCCGCGCGACAAGGCCAGUGCCCUGGACACGUACGAAGAUGCCGCUGCCACCGCCGCCGCCGCCGGCUGA